CAUUAUGUUGUCAAACGAAAUAUUAUUGGAAGUGAAUGAAACAAUUGAUAUUAGCGAGUUGAAAAAAAUGGAUACACUAAAUGGGACACUAUAUGACGAAGUUGAAGAAUUUGAGCAGAACCUACCCCCAACGGUUACAUUACUUGAAACUGAAUUUGGAAGCAAAGUGUACAUUGUUGGAACCGCACACUUCAGUAAGGAAAGUCAGGAAGAUGUAUCUUUUGUUAUUCGAAAUGUGAAGCCUGACGUUGUUAUGGUUGAAUUAUGCCCAAGUCGUAUACAUAUGUUGUAUUAUGAUGAAAAAACUCUUCUUGAGGAGGCUCGAGAUAUAAGUUUAACAAAAAUCCAUAGUAUAACCAAAUCGAACGGAUUACUGAAUGGCUUGUUUUACAUUCUAAUGUUGAACAUGAGUGCCAAAUUAACUCGAGACCUAGGCAUGGCACCUGGGAUUUGAUGUGCAGGAUUGCGUUGGAUGUAUGGAUGUAUGGAUUAUAGUGGGGAGAAAGACUCAAAAGAGAAAAUCUCGUCGCGAAGGUCAAGAACCAAUUGCAAAGCUACCCGUGGAGAAAGAGAAAAACAGCUCAUUCCUACCGAUUGAUAAUAAAAUCAUCCAUAGGUUUAAUGUUGCGACACUAUUACGUGGGUUGUGUUACAUUAAAAGUAUCAUUCCCUGUAACUUGUCUAUCGUUAUUUAGUAA